AAUAUCCCAUUAGUAUCAACGGAAGCAGGGGAGGUGAUUGGAAUUCCAUAGAUCAAGUCAAGCAAAACCUCUGCCGGCAUCUGUAGCUUCCGCCGUCCGGUGGUCGAGAUGGGAGUGUGCUUCGUGGUCGGCGUAUUGGGAGUUCUAAUCCUAGCUCAUGCUGCUUAUUCCACCAUCCAAUAUAGGAACGUAUUGAAGAUUAUGCAGGAAGAGUUUUCAGGCCCUCCGUUCAAUGUGGCAAUCGAAUUGAGUCUAGGGUUAGUAUUGUCCGUGUGGGCUGCACUCACUGUGCCAGGGAAGUUUCGGUCGAUUAAUCCAGAAUCUGAGGAGAAUAGGGUAGUUCUUCUUCCUGCCAAUCAAGAUUUUAUGGUCUUCAACCACCGAGGCAAAUUAUUUCCCCAGAAAACAGAUUUGAAGCUGAAACAUUGAGUUCUCAGUCGUGAUUAGAGUAGGCACUGGAGAAUUCAAGCUGGAAGCAGGAAUGGACGUUAAAGAACCUUAAGGAGAUAUUGCUGCAUUCCAUCAAUCUAAUGUUUCUUCACUCGCUAAUUAUUUUGGAUACUGCGAGGUUUUUUCCAUGUUUAUUUUAUAGUCUCUUCCUCAAAACAAGGUUUUGCCAUUGUUAUUGAAUUAGGCGUCUUUUGGAUCGAUAUGAAAGGUUAGUAUGUGUUUCUGCAAUCUGGUUAACUGAGAUUAGUUUGUUUUUUCAUCUGCCAAUGGUAAAUGGUUUCAAUUUGGUAGCUUAUUUCUCUGC